AUGCUGAGUUCACCUGCUCGCGUCGGUCCCGGUUUCGAUUGGGCUCAGUUAGAAUCGGCCUGUUCUCUGUUUCUCAAUGCCCCAAACUCCACUGGUGGUGGUGGACUGCGACGCCCGCAUUCGUUUGUACUGACCAGUCCAUCGUUGCCCGAUUACGGCUACAUUCAACCGGUACAGGAAUCCCUACUUAACAUGAAUGCACCCCGACUCGGUCCUUUACUUGAUCUAAAUGUGCCUUCUUGCAAGACCCUGUUCGACCAGACUCAUUUGGAUGCAGAAUCUCGGAAUCAGGUCAUCAUUGCAGGCGAGGCUUGUAUUUCAAUUCCCGGCAAAGUGCCAUGGACCAAUCGAUGGUGUUGUCUUCGGUCUCAUUGCCUGGAUGUCUAUCCAUUAGCUAGUCAGCCGUGCUCGGGGUCCAUUGUCACGGAUGAUUUGACCCUGUCUACGGGGACAAAUGCGUGGCCCCUGUUCUCGUUAAGCCUCGAACCCGGUCAAGUGGAACUUGGCCUGGCCGGGGACAAACGGCACAAAGCCGCAGUCCGUUUGGCUGUGCCCAAACAAUCAGCCACUCCGCUCCUUUUCGAUGUGCCCGACAAACUGCGCAUGGGGGCAUGGAUACGUGGUUUCAUUCAAGCACUGGGGAUAAUCCCUUCCUCGACCGGAGACGGAAGCAACAGUGCGAGCUAUCCCAAUGACACAAAUCUCCCCCGCCCUCCUAGCACAAGCGUGAUGGAAUCAGUGUCGCCACCUACCUGUUUCGAGUACGACAUUCCCGACGACGUGGAUUCUCCAGACAAAUCAAAGCGUUUCACACAUGACGGCAUUGCCACCGAGCCCAAAGUCCAACCAAGUAGCCGUUCAGAUCACUUUCCAGCAAUCAGUCCGGAUCAUUAUAAAUUGGAACCAUUGUCAUCCGAUUCGAUGAAUAUCUACGACGAAGUUUGUCCUCCAUCUUCACAGGACCAAGUUGUUGCAAAUGGUAGUAGCAGUGGUUUUUCACAUUUCCGUCGACGUUGGAGUUCCCCCGCACUUCCAUUGGACAUUGUUCCUCGUCCACGAUUGUCCUGGUUCGGCUCGAAUCGAUCUGAGACUGCUCCUAUUCCUCCUGUUUCUGCUUGCGAUCCGCCUGGACGUUAUAGUUCCGAAACACACGAUUCUAGCUCUCUCAGAUCGUGGCACAUUCCACCUCCGAGUCGACGGCUUUUGGCCCAACCGUUGCCUCCGCUACCCUCUGUUGGUCCAAGUGGAGCCGAAUCCAUUGCCGGAACGAUGACCAGUAGUCGGACCUCAUCCAGUCAGACACCAGAAGAGCAACGAAUACAGUUGUGCUCGGGUUCUUCACCUAAUUCCGAGCCCGAAUUGAAUUCCACUGACCCGGCUCAUCUGGCACGUAGAGGCCAAUCGAAACAGUUUCCUCACUGUCAUCGUCGCCAUCAUCCUCACCGCCACCAACAUCCUCAUCGGUCUUGUUGUGAGGGUCAACUUGGCUCUUCCUGUGCCGGUCACCAUACUCCCCAGUCCUCACCUAACACAUAUUCCAAUCCGAUACAGUUGGCACACAAACGCCAUGCAAGUUUGGGCAGUUUGGAAGAACAACAAUACUGCGCGACAGCAGUGUCAAAGUCAUCGGAAACGGCCCACUCCUGUAUGAAGCCCUCCACGUCCGACCAUGUGCCGAACCCGGUGGUUUUGGGCUGGUUAACCGACAGUGCUCAUUUGCCUUGGGAGGCACAGAGCACAACACGUCCAGAUCCAGACUGGUCCACACGCAGUGGACAUACAGUCAAAGCGCCCGGUCCGGGCGAGGAUGUGUGCUCUGCAAGUGGAGUUACCAGUACAUUGCAGACCACAUUUGCCUCGGAAACUUCGAUUCCGGGCUCUUCUGAGAUCCCGACGGAUUCCGGGGCGCCUCAACUUCCUUGGUUUGAUCUUCCUGCUCAGUGGUGGUUGAGCCAUUACCCUCGACCUGAGCACACUGCAGUUGCACGACGCAGUGUUUCAUGUGUGACUGGAACAAAGCCGUGUCUGAGUUCGACGGAUACGCGAAUUGUGGCCACUUUACCUGCUCGGCAUGAGCUGGAACCGGCUGCGCUUCGACCAAGGCUGUUUGAUGCACAAGCUCAAUUGUCCCAGCAACAGCCGAACUCCCUUCACACUGCGACCUCAUCUUCCGGUGUCGCGCUGACAGUGGGCUCUUCAUCCUCAUCCGGAUCUAGUGGAACCACUCGACCGGGAUCCCACUUGGCUCUCAGUUGGCCUCCGCCCCCUGUCCCAGAGGAGCCGUCCGGUUGGCAUGAAUCGGAAGUAGUAGACGUGUACACUUAUCCCUCGGAUCCACGCCCCAAUCAGGAAUCGGUUUUGUGUCUGUCGGAUGGUCAAAUCGGUAUGAAUCAUCCUUCUACGAAGAGAAACGACGUCGAUGUGCAAUGCGACUUUUCCGGGGAUAGUUUGUGCCAAAAUCUCCCUUCUCUGGAAACACAGACCUCUGUCACCUUUCAGCGAUCACCAAAUAAUGCUUCCCUUAUUCUGGUUGCUACUCAACUGGAAGAAGUUCACCAGGAGGCCAAAAAUCUACGUUCUCGACGUGAAACACUUUCAUCCCGCCUUACGAACACUUUGACUCGGUAUCGUCGACACACGACAGAUUGUCUUCUGCCUCCAACUAUGUCUGGAAAUAACCAAUUCGAUCAUCAAUCGGCAAAAGGUGAGGAAACCUCGUUCGCGACAACGGAUACACCACUACGCCAUUAUUCGACUGUAGAAAGUGCACAGUGCUCACCUAAAGAACAAGGGAUUGCAGCUGAGGUUAAGUCCAAAGAGAACGAGGAUGGGACAACAAUUCAGAAUACACCCGUGGUCGAAACAAGCGACGGUGUGACGUCAGGUCAAGUGGAGCAUGUUGAAGAAGCAGAAGAAGAGGCGGCAGAAAGCUUAUGCGCUCGUCUGGCCGCGAUUGAAUUGCUCCUGCAACAGGCGGAAUCGACCGAAGCCCGAUUACGAGAAGAGUUCAAUCAGUGUCUUCGACAAACUGCGGUUAACGGAUACGGCCCGCAGUCGAAGUUGUCCGAUCAGUCAGUCGACCCGAUUCCAACUAUUUCUCAUUCUGUGGCCUUCGAUGCACCAGUCCCUUUGACUGUUUUGUCGCCACGACGACGUCGACGUGGUCGGCAUGGUCGAUUAGUCCCAACAGCACAGACCGUUACAAACCAAAGCCAGUCCUCUCGCGAUUGUGAAUCAAUCCAACCGUUAUGCGCCCAUGCAUAUGGGAAUACCGCAGACCCUGGCCCUGUUGAUGGUCCAACUAACCACAACAAUAACCCUAACAACAGUCGCGUUAUCACUGGUCGCGGAGGCGGACGAUCAAGAAGGCGAAAUGGUGNGUUUCGCCUACCGCUAUGGUCGUUUUUCAUUGACCGUGUGCACGAAUGCACGCCGUUACGUACGCUUCUCCAACUCUCCCUUAUCACCGGUUGA